AUGGACGAUCGCGCCGUCGUGCUACGCGUUCUAUAUUUAUAUUGACUCCCCGCGAGCACACGCAAGCGCAGUGCGCACCUGAAACGCCGAAAGUGAAAAUUGCAAUGAUAUCGCUCGGUGUUGGGUUAUACGAGCCGGCACAUUGAUAAUUAAAAGUGCAAAGACGAAACCGGCGCAGUGUCCAUUGCAGCGUUAGGAUGGCUGAUGGCUGCACGGCACCAAAACUCCCCGAUACUGCGGUAGUCGUACGUCACGAAUCAGCUGAGUCGCCGGCUAUUGGCGUACGAUCGUGACGUCCCAUACUUCAACAAACGCCGGCACCAUGGCUUCCACCAUGCAGCUUGAGUUCACUCAGGCGAUGACAGAUUUCAAGACGAUGUUUCCUGAUAUGGAUGACGAUGUUAUCGAGGCUGUACUCCGAGCGAAUCAGGGGGCUGUUGAUGCAACCAUCGACCAACUACUGGCUAUGAGUACCGACAACCAGAAUGAAAGACUUCGCCUGGAGAUGGAACGCGUUGAAAGCAGUUCACCGUCUCGGAAAAAAGAGCGGCGUAUUAUUUGUCGUAACGUCCAAAACGGUGAAGACAAUGAUACCACAGCUCUUGUAGACGUUGAAGACGAGUCUAUACCUCUGUCGGUUAAGAAGAAAUGGGUUCCAAGAAUGCUUGGUCCUCUACCGCCGAUGUUUCUUCGUAUACCACCCGGGACCGACGCAAGAAUCGACCUCAGCUUGGACAUGGAUGACGAUCGAAUUGCAACAUUCCUCCAGAACGAAGAAUUCAUGGCUGAGUUGAGAUGGAAUCAAGAGUUUAUAGCAGCGUUGGACAGCGAACAAGGUGGCAAAACCAAAUGUCAUGACGACGAAGCCGCUUUUAAGGAGAGACUUAAAAAUAUGGGAAAAUUAUCUAGAAAGAAAUUCGCACAGUUAUCUAGAAUGUUCACACGCGGUGGUUCACGGAAGAGUGGUAACGCGCGGGUUCCUUCUCGGGGCCCGCCGGACAGCCUGCUGCUUCAGGAGGAACACAGUGAUGAUGACGAUCGACCGCAGACGCUGAACAUCAAAAUAUAACCGUCACGUCACGUUCGUUUGUCGGAAAGACUAUGGAAGGCCUUAAUUUAUCGGAGUUCCACAAGGUUUCGUACAAGACUGGGUUCGUUAGAUAAGAUUGCAUAGGUUGUUGGAGGCCUUUAAGAAUGUACAUUGUUAUUAUAAAUUGUUAUCAGAACACGGAUGGGGUUACGAGAUGUAACAAUGAUAUCGGUAAUUGAAAUGUAAAUAUUUGUUGUACCUUCGCGUCGGGUUCCAUCGCAUAGAUUGCUUUGUUUCAUCUAUGAAUAUAGAUUCUUCCGCUAACGGUAUGUUCUGUUAUCUUCUUAUAAGGUACUCGUUUUGUUGUGUCCUAGCGUAUAUUUUAUACUUCACUAUUCAUAUAUGAUUUCUCUCACCUCUCGCAACGAACACUAUAUGAAUUAUAGUAUUAUUUAUUUAAUUUCGGUCCAACUUUAAUGAUUAGUACCACUAAUAAAAUUUCUGUGUAUACAAA